AUGAGGUUUUUCUCCAGGAAAAAGAAUGGCGACGGUCCAGCCAAAGCAUCGAAAAAAAAGGGAGGUGCCCAGCAAGCAGAUGUUGAUGCUCCUCCGCCAAAACCACGAUGGGAAGAUGCGUGGACGCGAAAGACGGUUGAACCGGAGGAGGUACAGGAAUUGAUCAGCGGGUGUACAGUCGAGUUGAAAUCAAGAGGACUCGACAUGCCAUUUCUCCUCCUUCCAUUUCGACCAACUUCAGAUCCCAGCGCUGCGCGAACAUUUAUUCGACAUUUCUUCGACAGAGGUAACUUAUACGGGGAAGCUUUGGCACAAGAGUUGCGAUUGACGGAUCCUAUGGUAAUCUGCAGUGUAAUUAAAUGGUGUUGGAGUAGAAUACCAGGCGGAGUUGUUGGUGAGGCGGCAUACGAUACGUUUAGAGCUGCAGAAAUAGAUUCAAAUAUGGCCAGAGAAUCUUUCGCGACAUUUAUCCCUAUUAGUGUGGAGUCCGAUGCGCGGACGAGAAUUAUUUUCGACUAUUUCGAUCUCCUUUCAGCUAUUGCGGCGCAUGCGAAAACAAAUGGUUUUGGUGGUAGAAAGUUGUCAAGGCUUGCGGGAUGGUGGGCUUUCGAGCACAUUGAUGAUGGUAAUGGGUUUGAAGGCGGUUAUAAAAACUGGACCAAAUCUGCGGACCAAGCCAGUCAUUUAUUCUUCGCAUACUUACGAUCAUUAUCACCAGAAUCAGUUCAAGGUUUGAAUGGAAUCUCCAACCUGCCCAUGUCUCUACAAAAAUUGGUCCAAGAAACAGAAUACCCACCAGAAAGGCCAUAUCUACUACAGUCAUCGACAAGUAAAGUUGUGAUGAUUGUAGAUUCCGUCUCACCAACACCUUUUGCGCUGCUACGCCGAGCCAACCACUUUGAGUACCGAGACGACGACCGAGCGUUACAAGAAUUUUCAGAAUAUGAGGAUCCGGUGAAAGCACUGACUGAUGAAUGCCGACGAGUAUUGAAGUCGAUUUCGUCAGCAAAUCAGUCGCAAGGAUCAUCAAAUGCUAAACAAUCAACGGGACUUCGAGACGCUUCAUGGUCAAGAUUCGAGGAUAUGGGAUUUUCAGGCGGUAUGGACGAGGUGGAGGAGGAUGACGAUGAGAGCAACUUUUUGAGGAAGCCUCGCACGAUGGGCGGAUUAAGGUCAACUCCUCACCAAAGAAAUGUUGGACUGGCUAGACCUACAACACCAUCUUGGGCUGAUUUCCUGAAUGUUGGUUUCGUCGACGAAGCUAAGAACGGACCUGCGCCACUAUUAUUACCUCCGGAUAAGAUUUUGCCGCCCAUCAAUACCAGGGCGAACAGCUCGCAAUCACAUGCUCCAAGAUUAGAGGCAAAUGCACAUCUUGAACCCGGAGAAUUAGCAAGCAUCACUAGAUUUGAUCUGGAUGAUUCAUUCUGGUGGGUCUGGAUCAGCAGUUUGGCGGGCGAAGAGACCCCAGAGAGAAAGGCAGCAUUCGGUCGAUGUGCGUUGAUCGAGACCGUCAUUCGCAGCGGCAGAUGGUUGGUCAUGGAAGAGAUGGUCAAGGGAGCUGCUCCUGAACCUGAAGAGGGCGCUUACAUUGCCGAGAAGAAGAGCUUUUGGGGAAGAAGCAAGAAGUCUAAGAAUACCAGACGGAAAUCUAUGAGCAAGGAUGCACUAGACUCGAACCCGAACAUGAGACCACACAUGCGAACAAGUCAAACGGAGGGAUACAGUAAAACAAGUAUAGGACCAGAUCAGCAUGCCAGAAUUCAAGCAGCCGCUAUCCAACUUCAACAGAGACAGCGGCAGAUUGAGGAGGAACAACAACGUGGAACUAGACGUGGACGGAAAGACAAUGACAUGAUGUCUACUAAGACUAGCAGCGUGUUUACUCUACAACCUGUCAUCAUGUCAGAGGCUUCUCCAGCGAUGAAAUGGGCAAACAAGUAUGACAAGGAUGCCAUUCGAGAAGCUUACUUGAAGAAUGCGAAUCAUGGUAGAGGUCUUGCCGAUGCGACAAUACAGAGAAGCGACUCGAACUCUCCAAUCGACGGUACUCUACUAGCAGCCCAAAGAGAGCAGAGGGCAGCAUCUACUGAACGAGACCUUCCGGCACCACCACCCGAAGAACGGCCAACAGUUCCAUCGAAAACGCCUACUCCACCUCAAGCAUCGCUUCCACCAACGCCUCGUGUUUACAAUGAGGAAAAUACUCCAAUCUCUGAGAAGCAGAUGGAAAUUCCUCAACCAAUAGAGCACCAUCCAUCUGAGCGUGGCUCCCCAAUGAUAUCUCCGAUGUCUCCUCCACCUCCUCCAGUCAAGCAGAGCAUGGAUAUCCCUCGUCCGUCGCACGAUCAAAGUGGCUCCAGUCCGGAGAGCAAAAUGCAUAACAAGUUGAAGAAGAAAGAAGUUGGAUCUGGAGGUGGUGGUUUUAAGAAGAUGUUCGGCGGUCGCAAAAAGGAAAAGAGCAUGCCUCCGUCUGUUUCUCAGAACGGCAAUCAAGGUAAUCUUGCACCUCCAGCUUCAAGUGGUGGUGGUCUUGGAAGGAGGUUGUCAAAUCUCCGCAAGAAGCCAGUGCCAGUUGCGGCGGCUCCUGCGCCACCACCGGUUCACAUUAGCCAGCAACAUAUAUCUGAAGACGAAAUCACCCCAGUUGCUACACCUCAUAACGCGCAGCCACAGCAAUUCGAACGCUCUUACGAUCCAUCUCUACAAGAAACUCUUUCACGCGUGGACACUGGUGAUGCCCAGGAAGCUCAACACGCAUUCUCUCGUUUCGAUCAAGGUCCACUUGAGGAUGUUCCAGCGUUUGUGCCAGAUGAUUCUCCACGAGUCAGCGAAGAUGAUGCUGCACCUCCACCAAUUUCCAUGUCCCGCCAAUCCGAUGAUGGAAAUGACCUGACGAAGCAAGUCUCACCCACACAAGACAGAUGGGCACAGAUCAGGAAGAAUGCGGCUGAACGUGCUGCUGCUCGACAGAGUGAAGAGCAAAGCCGAGGUGGUUACAGUCAAAAGACUGAUGGUGAUGAUGGGGAGACUAGUGGAGAAGAGACAAUCGAAUCCCGAGUCGCUCGAAUCAAGGCCCGAGUGGCUGAAUUGACAGGCAACAUGGAGUCAAACGCAUCUCCAACUUCUCGAUCACCUCCUAUCUCUGCCAGACAAUAG